CCGACCGGUUGUGGCGGCAUAAUUUAUAAACAAAUAAUCGUACACAAUUCUUUUUUUCCGCUACUGAUAGGGAAGAACGAAAGCUUAACUUUCGUCUCUUGUAAAAAAUUGUAAAUUAAAUUACUGAGAAUGUCUUUUGGAAACUUCGGCUUCGGCCAAACAGCCGCAACAACAGCUCAGCCAAACUUUGGAAGUGCCUUUGGUGCAACAUCAACUGCAACCCCUGCCCAACCAUCUUUCGGGGCUGCCAUACCCACGGCGUCAGUGGCUCCCUCCACAGGGGGGCUUAACUUUGGCGGUCAGCAAACGGCUUCCUUCGGUGCUUCCACAUUUGGUGCUCCAACCACGGCUGCAGCAAGCUCUGGACUCUCAUUCGGGGCCCCAGCAAGCUCUGCAACCACGGCAGGCCUCAACUUUGGAGCACCUGCAACCUCGGCAGCAGGCCUUCCCAAUUUUGGGGCAGCUCCAGCAUCCUCUGCUCCUUCCCUGUUUGGAGGAACAGCCACAACAGCUCCUGCAACCUCAGCUGGAUUUGGAUUUGGGGGGUUUGGUACAGCAGCCACAUCAACAGCCACUUCCCAACCUAGUCUUGGUGGAGGUCUCUUUGGUGCCACAAGCUCCGCAAACACUGGUGGCCUUUUUGGUGCAAAGCCCACUGCCUUUGGAACAGUUGCAACCAGUGCUCCCGCUGCUUCUUCUGCCGCUCCUACUUUUACAGGGCUUGGAGGCCCUGCUGUAACACUUGCUUCCCUCUCUGGAGGACUUGGAAGUGAUGAACAGAAGCAGGACAAAGCGGUGAAGGACCAAGAAUUGCCUCAGCCCAUCCUGCAGAGCAUUGAAGAUUUCAAAGCAUUCGUCAAGCAGCAAAAAAAUAUUUCCUCGGACAUAACCAGGUCUUCAUGUAGGCCCUCAGAAAGGGUCCAUGAUGACGUAGAGAGUAUCAAGCAGAAUCUCUUCAGCAUUAGGAAUGGAAUUCAAAGCUACGCUGCUCAAGCCAAGAAAUUAAAAGCAGAGUCCAGUAGGACUCUUGGGCACGCAGAAAUGGCUCAACAGACGCAAGACAUAGUACCCUCAAUGCAAGACAAACAUUUUGCUCCUGAUGAGUAUUUCAUUGAAGUGGCGAACGGAAUCGAAGAGGAACUGAAGGUUAUUAGCCAAGAAGUGGACAGCGUUGAAAGAGUGGUUCAGUCCGCAAAUGAAAGUUCUUCGCUGAGGAAAGAAGAGCUUGUUCAGGCUGUAAGACGACUUCAUGAAAUAUUCAUCACUGUGGCGAGCAAGCUGCAGCAGGAGCACAACUCGGUAGAGCAAAAGAAAGAGCAGUACUUGAUGUUGCGGCAGCAGCUCCUCCACGACACCACUGACGUGUUCCAGACUCUCCAAAAGUCCAAGAAAAGCUCGUCGAUUGAAUCGCAUGCACUGCAGACGGGCCCUACCCUUUUCGGCAACGCUCAAAACAGCUCCAAAUUUGUGGCUCAGGCUGCUGCUCCAAUUAGACCCACAUUCGCGCCGUCACUCAACUUUGGUCUAUCCUCAUGGAAGUAGAUUAACUGUUUGGGACUGGACAGAAUCCAACUCCAGCGGCUGAGAGUACUACCUUCCAGCUUCAGCAGCCACCUCUAGGAAAUAAGCGUGGAAAGCACUGAUGCGCGCAAGCCAAAAUAAUUGGACACUCCUUUUUUAUAUCACCCAAAAUUAAAGUAAAUUCGUAACUUGUUAAAUAAA